AUGGCACCCCCAACAGCAGUGGUGAUCCAAUCUGCAACCCAGUUCGGCAAGGAUGGAGUACCACCACAUCUCCUAUUUAUCUUGCACCUUACCUUUCGUGCAGCGAGUCACGAUAAUCGUGAAUCCCUAUCCGUCCUCCAAAUGAAUCUGACCCUGUCCAACAAGUUGAAUUGGGAGUUAUGCCUGGAAGACAUUGCCCGGCGGAAAGUCCCCCCUCUGCAUUGGGCCGUUCGGCAUACAGCGCUCGACCUCAUUGAGAUGUUGCUCAGCUCCGGGGUCGAUAUCAAUACAGUGCAUCGGGGAAAUACCCCGCUAGUUGAAGCCGCCACCCUGGGCUUUUCCGACAUCAUCGCGAGACUCCUAUCGAAUCCACAUCUUGAUAUGAAACAACACAAACAGGGGAUGAGGGCGUUGUGGAAGGGGAUAGAGAACGGUCACCCUUCGGUUGUGCAAGGCCUGCUCUGUAGCGACAAUGUUGAUGCCAAUAUCGUUUUUCUCUACCGAGGGGAAUUCACGACACCGCUCACCUACGCCGUUACCCGUCAUUCUAGGGAGAUGGUGGAGACCCUUCUUGCCGAUCGCCGAACCGAUCCCAACUUCCGGUAUAAAAAUACGCCAGCCCCUUUAUUUGGCGCUAUGAGAGCCGAGUACCUAUGUCUUGCCCAGCGCCUCAUGUCUGACGAAAGGUUCGAUGUGACGGUCUGCUGUUCCUGUGGCGGCAACCCACUUCAUCAUGCUGCCGAGACAGGGUGUCUCCAUAUCCUGCAGACACUGCUGUCGGACUUUGACAUCGAUAUAAAUGCACAGGAUGCAGAUGGAUUUACGGCUCUUAUCUAUGCAGCCGUAGAAGGACAUGAAUCUAUUGUCCGGGAGCUUCUUUCGCACAGUCUCGACAUCAAUCGUCGCGACCAUCGAGGCCGCACCGCCUUGUGGUGGGCAACCAAUAACGGGCACGAGUGGGCGGCCCGAUGUCUGUUGGCACGAAGUGGCAUCCGGGUUGAUGCGAUUGGUGAGGAUGGGUCCACCUCUCUUCACCAUGCUGUGCAAUGGGGAUCGGCCACGCUGAUUAACCUCCUGCUUGCACACCGAGACAUCAAUGUAAAUGUGUCAGACGACUACGGACGCACACCUCUCUGGUGGGCUGCUUAUCACGGUAACGGAAGGGCUGUGGGAUAUCUACUUCAUGACAGUGGGGCAAAGGUCGGCAUCCGAGAUCGUUGGCAGCAGGGACCACUUGAGGUCGCUAGAGAACAUGGGCAAUAUUACAUCUGGCUUGCGCUCCGAGUCUCCAUGAUAGACGUGAGACUCUUUAUCCUCUGUGCCAUUGUUGUAUUUUGUCUUUCCCCCACCUCAGGCGCAAACUAG